AUAACUACCUACGUAUAUUUAAGAAUAUAUUGGCUUCUUCUUCUUGGAACGAUCAUAAGCAUCAAUCAACAAGAACGUUGUGAUUAUGGGUACUGAAAAUGAUGAAGAGGAUGAAGAAGAGGAGAUGAUAAUAACAUCCAAACUUCAACUUGUCUUGGCGGCGAAAUCGAGAAAACAACAGUACACUUCAUCACCAGUGAUAAGCCAUCACGUGUCACUAUCACUCUUGUCUUCACCUGAUGACUUAUCACACUCUCGCGCUUCGGUUCCUUUCUCAUGGGAAGAAGAACCUGGCAAGCCUAAACAACAUACUCUUCUACGAGCUCCUCCUAAAUACCCCAAGCGUCUUGAUUUGCCUCCGAGGCUGCUUCUUCCUCGUGAAGGUACUAAAACGCCUCUGGCUUGUGAUCAUCCUCGUUAUCUCGCAGCGUUGAAACGGUGGUUCCGGUUGAGGAAAGAUCGAGCUGAUGAUGAUAAUGACGUGGUGGGACAGUGCAGUUUUGUCGUUUCAUCGGAAAAUGAAAAUGAUAUGAAGAUCACAAGAACAACAAGUCGUCUCCAUUGUCUCUAUGAUGUCGCUAGGUGUUACUUAUGGGAAGUUGCAUGGAAGAAGAAGAAGUUGAAAAGAGAUGACAUUUGACGUACGGUUUAAGAGAUGAUUCGUUCAUACAUACAUUGUCAUUACUCAUUAGAUAAGUCUGAUACAUCGUUGGAUACUUGUCUAGUGGACCAAGUACUUAUAUGGGUUUUUACAGGCCUGACAACA